AUGGAGCAGCACAUCAAUCGAUUCCAAGAGAAAAUAAGCCAAAGUAUGGAAAUCAUCAAUAAGAUGAAAGGGUAUGAGCGCAUAAUAGACAGUAAUGAAGUUAAUAUUCAUAUCCUUAUGGUCUAUCAGCUGGCAUCAAAUUUCAUAGCUGAAAUAAGUGGCUACUAUUUAAUACUCUUCAAGAUACUAUUUGAACAAGGAUCGAUUUUCACCAUCUUAUCACCAGCCCAUGUACACAAAAUUCUUCAGAAAGCCAACGAAAAAUUACCAUCUCACUUAAAAAUAAGGCAGGUACCCAUAAAGACAUCGCUACAAGAAGAGGGAAGACAAUGGGCAAAAAUUUUUACACAUUUUGCCAUUGAAGAUAUUUCCGAUUUCAACCUCCUGAAGGUAUAUCCUACAGCUCUACACGUUGAAAAUAAUUCCUACUGGUCUCUGGACAUACCUAAUGACAUUUUGGCUUUAGACUACAACAAUCAACAAUACUUUGAGCUAUCACACAAUGAGUUAACAGCAUGUAUACAUCGAAGCAGCCAUUAUUUAUGUUCGCCGACAACAGUUAGGAACAUAGACGCCAGUCCAAAUUGCGUCAUUGACGAAAUAUAUCAACGACAUCAAGGGAAUUCUUGCAAUAUAACAAAACAUAACCUCCACACGACUAUUUGGAAACAGCUUUUUACUCCAAAUACAUGGAUGUUUAUUUCUCCAAAUCCCAUAAGCAUCGCAAUCACGUGCAAUGGCAUACGAGAAGAAAUGGUAUUAAACACCACUGGUAUAAUUCAAUUAACCGAAGCAUGCAUUCUAAAAACAAAACAAAAUAAUAUAAUUGCAAACCGAUUUGAUACCGUUCCUGUUGUUUCUAGUUAUACAAAAACAUCAACAUUUAUUAAUGUCAGCGACCUACACCAUACAGAAACAAACACAAUCAGCAGUUUUUCGAGAGAAGCCGUGUUCAAGGUAUCAGAUGACCUGACUAAACUUUCGAUUGACGAGCAGCGACUAGACCAGCAGCUGGAAGACAAGAUAUGGAAGAAGGUCACACUCCACUCGUAUACUGCAGGGGGCUGUACUAUACUGAUCAUCAUCCUAGUGUCUUGCGUAUUCCUAUGGGUUAUCAAAAUUAGACAAUACAAGCAACGAGAACCCAGACAUAAGACCAGAGAGACCGAGAUGGUAGAACUCCGACCCUUAAACAUUCCUCCAGCAGAAAGCAGAGAGAGCGGGGAAUAUGUCUAA